AGCUCUCUCGUGGAUGAAGUCACACUAUGAGUUUACACUUCCUUCCAAUCCGUGACAAUCUGACAAAUAGAUGAGUGGAUGACACGCUCUGACAUCAGCAUAGUUUAUUGUACACGGACGGGAACUGUCGGCUGUUGAUUCCACGGGCAGCAUCUGGCAAAGUUUACUAUUCGAGAUCCUCUGUUUUGUUCAUCUCUAGAUAUAAUAAAACCGCGCAAACGAUGUUGGUUUCAAUUUAAGACCGGUCGAGCUUUCUAUCCCGUAGCUUUCGAAAUCGCCAUUGCUAGGAAGGUUGAACCGUGCACAGUGAUGAAGAGUGGAGACUGGGGCUUCCGGUGUAAAACAGGCUGUCUUUAUGAAAUCCAACGAGGUGCGGAACUACUGCCGAUUCCUGCUCCCGCUGCAUAUUAGGCCUAUCAUAAUCUAUUGUUAUCCGAGAUGAUAUCCCGUACGAGUUGAAACGAAUCCGACAAAACACCUGGAAUAUAACGAAAGCCGUCUCAACCAGCCUGCUCAGCCAUCCACGCUCCAUUGCAAAUGUCAGUUUCACUGGAAAUACAUCAAGUCAUUUGAUGGGAUCUUAUUUCUCGCUUAUUAAAACAGAGAAGCCAUUCCCGUGGGGUUUAUUUCAUGGGGAUGUGUUCAAGACAAGAGAGAAUACAAAAAGACGUCAACAUCGUAAUUCAAAGGAGCAAGGCAGAGAAAGACUGCCUUUUCUCUGAUUUCAGAUAUACUGACGCCACCUUCACCUUCACUUAUUCCAAAGGCUCCAGAAGGGUGUCCUACUCUGUGCACGUCUCUGACGACUACCCAGACAACACAUACGUGUCAAACUCUGAAAACGAGGAUGAAGUUCUAGUAACCAGAGACCCGAUCCCCGUCAUCUUCCACAGAAUCUCAACAGAGAUUACGAUCAACAAUGACGCCAGCUGCUGCCUGUCCAUCAAGACAAAACUUCAGUUAGACAAAAACCAGUGCCACUAUGCCAUAGAGGAGGACUCUGAGGGGGAUGCUGACUCUGAGGAGUUUUACUAUGGAGGUCAGGUGAACUACGAUGGCGAGCUCCACAAGCACCCCCAGUUGGAGGCAGACCUGGCGGCGGUCCGGGAGAUGUUCGGACAUCACGCAGUAUCUCUCAGGGAAUACGGUGCGAUUGAUGACGUGGACAUCGAUCUGCACAUUGACGUCAGUUUCCUAGAUGAGGAAAUAGCCCUGGCGUGGGACGUGAUCCGCAGGGAAACGGUGAUCGUGCGUCUACACUGCUCUCUGACACAGUACCUGAAUGGACCAGUCCCCACGGUGGACGUGUUCCAGGCAUCGACUAAGGACCGGUUUGGACUUGGACAUCAGUUGAAGAAGAUAAUGCAGACAUUUGUCACCCAGCAGUGGAAACACCAAAGUGAAGAGAAGCUCAACUCCCUUCACAACAAGAACAAGAAGAAGGUCAAAUCUCCCCUCCACAUCUUCUCAACCCUCCGCAGAUCUCCCAGCUACCCGCCUCCUGGCUGUGUCAAGAGCAAAAAGAAUCUGAAGCCGGAACAAGAUGGCGUCUCUAAAUCCCACCGUCUCCUCGGCCAGACCUGCUCCAGCACCGUUAAACAGCAGGUUGAAGCGGAGGUCCCUGGAACUAAGACCACCCACCGUCUCCUCGGCCAGACCUGCUCCAGCACCGUUAAACAGCAGGUUGAAGCGGAGGUCCCUGGAACUAAGACCACCCACCGUCUCCUCGGCCAGUCCCUGUCAAGCACAGACCCCCGUUUGGACCAUGGAGGAGGGCCCUGUCCCGGACCCCUGCCCCUCAAACCCCGCCGCAUCCUGGGCAGGCCCUGCUCAGCUUUGGUCAAACCAGAGGACCUCCGCCCCACUCCCCACAAGCUCCUGCCCCGAUUGUGCUCCGGCGACCCCCGCUGUGAGCACGCUGGUGGGGGAGGAGGUAGUCUUGGAGGAGGUUUGAAGCACCACAGGCUGCUCAGUAGGUCGUGCUCUGGUUCUAUCAGGACGGAGGAAUUAGAUGGACUGAAACACCACCACCACCUCCUCAGCAGGUCCUACUCCAGCAGUACCAAGAUGGGCAAGGCAGCCGACAUCUUCAAGGACUCUGUGUCUCCAUCCGAGGGGAGGCGGCUCUCUCUUACCUCAGGGCUCAUCGGGAUCCUCGCCCCCUCGCUCGCCACGCCCCCGCCGCCAAACAAUGGGGCCAAGUCCAUUCCGAUAAGAGACAGAGGCUUCCUUGUCCAGACCAUGGAAUAUGCUGAGCAGAGAACUCCGGUCCUGAAUGAGUUCUGUGUGGUGUGUGACGAACCACAUGUGUUCCAGAACGGACCCAUGCUCCGACCCACGGUGUGUGAGCGAGAACUGUGUGUGUUUGCCUUUCAAACACUGGGGGUGAUGAACGAGGCAGCCGACGAGAUCGCCACAGGAGCUCAGGUGGUGGACCUGUUGGUGUCCAUGUGUAGGUCUGCUCUAGAGUCUCCCAGGAAAGUGGUCAUCUUUGAGCCAUAUCCCUCCGUGGUGGAUCCGUGUGACUCCCAGGCACUGGCCUUCAACCCCCGGAAAAAGGAUUAUGACCGAGUGAUGAGAGCCCUUGACAGCCUUACCUCUAUCAGAGAAAUGUCCCAGAAGAGUAUUGUUUCUCUACAGGCACCUUACCUUGAGGUCAAGAGGCAGAUGGACAAGCAUGAUCCUUUAGCUCACCCCUUACUGCAAUGGGUAAUAUCCAGUAACAGGUCACACAUCGUCAAACUUCCAGUUACCAGACAGCUGAAGUUCAUGCACACCCCACACCAGUUCCUUCUACUCAACAGUCCUCCUGCCAAAGAGUCCAACUUCCGAGCUGCCAAAAACCUCUUCGGGAGUACCUUCGCUUUCCAUGGUUCUCACAUAGAGAAUUGGCACUCCAUUUUGAGAAACGGUUUGGUGGUUGCAUCCAACACAAGACUUCAGCUCCAUGGCGCCAUCUAUGGGAGUGGAAUCUAUCUCAGCCCAAUGUCAAGCAUAUCCUUUGGUUACUCAGGGAUGAACAAAAAGCAACAGAAGGUUGCUUCAAAGGACCAAACUGCGACAAACAAGACCAACUUACAUUUGCAGUCAACAAAGAAAGGACAGCAGCCCCAGUUUUUGCAAAGUCGGAACCUAAAGUGCAUAGCCUUAUGUGAAGUCAUCACGUCCCCUGACCUGCACAAACAUGGAGACAUCUGGGUCGUCCCAAACACCGACCACGUCUGUACACGCUUCUUCUUCGUCUAUGAAGAUGGUCAGGUGGGAGAUACAAGCAUCAACACACAAGACGCUGGCAUCCAUCGAGAGAUCAUACGAGUCAUCGGCAAUCAGACUGCCACGGGAUGAACCUCGCUGAAAUGGAAAUGUCCUUCCCGUAAUUCUGCUGCCGCCACCUCCCGGCUCGAAGCUACAUUUCUUGAACUGCUGAAGCCCGUCGUCACACGUGUGUUUCCGACCAAUGUAGAGAACACAUCAACAACUUAGCAAAAGUUUGAAAUCUUCAAGGAAACCUUGAUGAAAUCAACAACACAUAUUUACAACUGAAACACAGCAAAACUCUUUCGGGAAGAACACAUUUUGCUAAGUUUAUAAAUACUAUGAAGAAUCCUGUUUUUCUGAAGACACGGUAUGUCUCUGUUUGACUGAUUGGGAUGACUUCAUUUUUUUAAAUUAGGGAACAUUUAAAAACGGUAAAACUCUUUGGUGAAUAUUUUGAGACUUCUUGCUCGUAGAUGUGGGACCUUUUCAGCAAAAAUAACGAUUAUUGUUCCCUUCCUGUCUAGCAAAAAGGUCCCAUCUAUCUGACCUUAUUUACUGUAAAAGAGUUGUAUCUUUUCAAAAUACAAUGUACUUUAUGUAUACUGAAGGUGUUAAUAUGCACUUCAUUUUUCUUAAUGUCAUACAUUUGUUCUAACAACUGAGUCAUAAUCUGAUAAACUAAAAGC